UCCAACAAAUAAGAUCGAUCCAAAGAAAAAAAAAAGAAUCCAACAAAUAAGGAAGAUCCUAAGAAAGUUUAGUGAAAAUCGACGGCGAUGGCGAUUAGAGAUAUCGACGAUCUUCCGAAGAACGCCGCCAACUACACGGCGUUGACGCCAUUGUGGUUCUUGGAACGAGCCGCUACGGUUCAUCCGUCCAGAAAAGCGGUGGUCCAUGGAUCUCGGACUUACACGUGGCUCCAAACUUACCAACGUUGCCGUCGCUUGGCCUCAGCUCUCGCUAAACGCUCCGUGGGAGCCGGUAGCACGGUGGCUGUGAUUGCACCAAAUAUCCCUGCAACCUAUGAAGCUCAUUUUGGAAUUCCCAUGUGUGGUGCUGUAAUAAACCCUGUCAAUAUUCGCCUAAAUGCAUCCACCAUUGCUUUCCUCUUGGGCCAUUCCCAGUCUGCCACUGUCAUUGUGGACCAAGAGUUCUUCACUUUGGCAGAGGAUUCAUUGAAAAUCAUGAAGGAGAAAAGCCAAGGCCAUUUCAACCCUCCACUUCUUGUUGUCGUUGCCGAUGAAGCCUGCGAUCCCGAAGCACUUCGAUAUGCUUUGGGACAAGGAGCCAUUGAGUACGAAAAGUUCUUAGAAAGUGGUGACCCUGACUUUGCUUGGAAACCUCCCCAGGAUGAGUGGCAAAGUAUAGCUUUGGGUUAUACUUCGGGCACAACAGCCAGCCCUAAAGGAGUAGUUUUACAUCACCGAGGCGCGUAUUUAAUGUCCUUGUGUAAUCCUCUUGUAUGGGGGAUGAAUGAAGGAGCUAUAUACUUGUGGACUCUUCCCAUGUUCCAUUGCAAUGGUUGGUGUUUCACUUGGGCACUUGCGGCUCUUUGUGGAACAAACAUAUGUCUUCGACAGGUAACAGCAAAGGGAGUCUACUCGGCCAUCGAAAAGCAUGGGGUGACUCACUUCUGUGCUGCACCUGUGGUGCUCAAUACCAUAGUUAAUGCCGCACAAGAGGACACAAUUCUGGCCCUCCCCCAUGUUGUUCACGUAAUGACAGCCGGUGCUGCUCCGCCUCCCGCUGUUCUCUUUGCAAUGUCUCGAAAAGGCUUCCGAGUCACCCACACUUAUGGUCUCUCAGAAACCUAUGGUCCUUCUACAAUUUGUGCCUGGAAGCCUGAAUGGGACUCACUACCACCCGAUACCCAAGCUCGUCUAAAUGCACGUCAAGGUGUUCGAUACACUACUCUAGAAUGCCUAGAUGUGAUCAGUACCAAAACCGGUGAACCUGUCCCUGCCGAUGGAAAAAGCAUGGGAGAAAUAGUGAUGCGUGGCAAUGUCGUGAUGAAGGGCUACUUAAAGAACCCGAAAGCAAACGAGGAGACAUUUGCAAACGGCUGGUUCCACUCUGGGGAUCUUGGUGUGAAGCAUCAAGAUGGAUACAUUGAAAUAAAAGAUAGAUCAAAGGACAUCAUCAUAUCUGGAGGCGAAAACAUCAGUAGCGUUGAGGUUGAAAAUAGUCUAUACUUACACCCUGCAGUGUUGGAGGCAUCAGUGGUAGCUAGGGCCGAUGAACAGUGGGGAGAAUCGCCCUGCGCUUUCGUGACAUUGAAGCCGGAGGUCAACAAAUCGGAUGAACAGUGGUUAGCAGAGGACAUAAUGAAGUUUUGCAAGUCCAAGAUGCCUGCUUACUGGGUUCCUAAAUCAGUGGUGUUUGGUCCACUGCCAAAGACAGCUACAGGGAAGAUUCAGAAGCAUGUGCUAAGAGGCAAGGCACAACAGCUGGGACCUGUCAAGGUGAGUAAGUUAUAACUCUGAAAACUAUAUUCAUAAAAAUUUUGAUAAAGUUGACGAUUCAUGUAAGAUAAUAAACAGAUUCUAACAUAAAGGUGUAUCAUGUCCUGUUUAAAUUAUUUUUUCUAUCAUAUCGUGUAUGGUGUAAUGUGUUGAAA